GCGUGACUUCCUGGUUCGUCUCACGCAGCCUCCGACGCGGAAGACAAACACGAAGCUCUGAGUUCCUCACAAAACUUACCGAGGCAAGACUACAAGGAUUUCUGGUGAGGCCUGAAAUUGUUCGACUGAUCAGGUCAAUAUAUAUAUAAUCAUGUGGCCAAAUCAAGGUCAUCCUCCACCAAUGGGUCCACCAAACCCUGCCUACCCUCCUGGCUACAAUCCUGCAUAUCCCACUGCACCUCCACAAGGAGUCUUCCCUCAGCCUCUGCAACCAGGAUACCCGGCUGGCCAAUUCCCCGCCGGUAUGAACCCGGCCAUUGGACCACAUGCACCUCCAAGAGCAAUGCCUUAUGGAGCUCCUGGACUUCAUCCUUAUCCAAUGGCUCCAGGCGGCUGUCCAGUGGUCCCUCCUGGAGGUGUCUACCCAGGUCCAUAUCCACACUCUCCAAAAGGGGGUAAACACAAAGGCCACCACAAAGGUCAUCAUCAUGGAGGGUUAAAUCCCAUGGCUGGAGCUUUAGCUGGUGGAAUGGCAGGGGUGGGAAUGGGAAUGCUUGGACACAAAAGCCACAAAAAGUUGAAGAAGAAGAUGAAGAAAGCUCAUAAGGCGCACAAGCAUGGGCACCACAAACAUGGCAAGUCCUCCAGUAGCAGCAGUAGCAGCAGCAGCAGCAGUGACUCAGACUGAGGCCACGAGUUCAACAUAUACAGAAACGCUGCCUUCCAGACUCGCAGCCUAACCAUUACCUACUAACACACAAGAGUAAUUCUUGCCACUUUUAAUGGGUUUUCUGCUGAAUUACAGUAUUUGAUCAUAUCUUGCAUGACCUUUUCAUGACACUAUAUAUGCACACGGCUGUUACUAUAAACAUCACUAGAACAUUCAUCUGUAUUUCGAGCAUGACUUAAAAUUCAUGCUUUGUUUUGGCUGUUUGGGGAUGGUGGUUACAUCUAUGGAAGCCCGUUUCCGCCACUUGGAGAAAAGUCAAAUGCUAUCUCAUAAUUAUGACUUAGAAACUAAGAUACAAAGUCAUAAUUAUGACUUACUAUCUCAUAAUUUUGACUUUCUAACUCAAAAUUAUGAGAUACAAAGUCAUAAUUUUGACUUACUAGCUCAUAAUUAUGACAUUCUAUCUCAUAAUUAUGACUUUCCAACUCAUAAUUUUGACUUAGUAUCUCAUAAUUAUGACUUAGUAUCUCAUAAUCAUGACUUAGUAUCUCAUAAUUAUGACUUUAUAUGUUAUAAUUACGACUUUAUAUGUCAUAAUUAUGAGAUCGUAAGUCAUAAUUAUGACUUUGCGUCUCAUAAUUAUGAGAUAGCAUUUGACUUUUUUUUUCCAAGUGGCGGAAAUGGGCUUCCAUAUAUAUCAGAUAUUCUGCAGUUAGGAUUUCUGUUAUUAUUGCUAUUGUUUUUAUGGUUUUAUAAUAAAAAAUACAUGCAAGUUAAACAGAAAAUUCAGCACAAUUGGGAUGUAUAACUACUUUGUUUUAUGAACUAAAAAACAAACAUACUGUAUAUAAAAUGUUCUUGUUUGUAUAGGAAGAUUAACCUAGAAAUGGAGAAUGUAAGGGGAAAUAAGUGUUCAUACUUUGCCUAUAGAUUAUUUUUCAUCCAACUUGUUCACUACUGUACGUGACUGCAGAAAAAAACACUAUUCUGCAAUGCUUUAUAGCUGCAUUAAAUGUAAUUAUAUGUAAAGUUAUAUGUUCAAUUAAUAAUUCUCAAUAAAUAGAUCUACACGAAAA